AUGCAUGAGGUUGGAUUACCGGUGGAUCUCAAUUUCUUCACUCAGCUCAUCUUAACGCUCUUCUUCCUCUCCCUCGGUCUCCUCUACUUUGUCAAACGAACGGCCGCCAAGUACUUCGAGCUCGGCUCCUCCGGUGGUUUCGACACCAACCACCGCCGAGAUUUCAUGGUUCCCGAGACUGCCACCGAAUGCGCUGUCUGUGGGAAGCUCUCCACCAAGAAGUGCUCUCGUUGCAAAUCCGUUCGAUACUGCUCUGCGGAGUGCCAAAAGUCAGACUGGAGCUCGGGACAUAACCGGAAAUGCAAGUUGUUUCGGGUUACCGACUCAUCACCUGUGGGGAAAGACAAGCUCAAUUUCAAAUCUUCUCUGUUUGGGAACAGAUCUGCUUCUAAGCUUGCAUUGGCUCCUCAGCUGAGCCAAAGCAAGGCUAGCCUCAAACCAGGAGAUGUUCUUUUCCCAUAUGAACAAUUUGUUAAAUAUUUUUACUGGGACGAACCAAAAUUGGCUCCUUGUGGGCUCACCAAUUGUGGAAACAGUUGUUUCGCUAAUGUGGUUCUACAAUGCCUCUCCUGGACACGCCCUCUCGUUGCAUACCUACUGGAGAGAGGCCACAAGAGAGAAUGUAGGCGCAAUGAUUGGUGCUUUUUCUGUGAGUUCGAGACUCAUCUUGAGAGAGCAAACCAAAGCCGGUUUCCUUUUUCACCGAUGAAUAUUAUUUCUCGGUUGCCUAAUAUUGGUGGAAAUCUCGGGUAUGGGAGACAGGAGGAUGCUCAUGAGUUGAUGAGGUUUGUAAUUGACAUGAUGCAAUCUGUUUGCCUGGACGAAUUUGGUGGAGAAAAAGUGGUGCCUCCUCGUGUCCAAGAAACAACACUUAUUCAAUAUAUAUUUGGCGGUCUCCUUCAGUCACAGGUCCAGUGUACUGUUUGCAGUAAUGUUUCUGACCAAUAUGAAAAUAUGAUGGAUCUAACUGUUGAGAUCCACGGGGAUGCGGUAUCAUUGGAGGAGUGUCUCGAUCAGUUCACCGCUAAAGAGUGGCUUCAGGGAGAUAACUUAUACAAAUGUGAUAGAUGUAAUGACUAUGUGAAGGCAUGUAAGCGCCUUUCAGUUCGUUGUGCUCCAAAUAUUCUUACUAUUACUUUAAAGAGAUUCCAGGGCGGGAGAUUCGGUAAACUGAACAAAAGGAUUAGUUUUCCGGAGACAUUUGACCUUGGCCCUUACAUGACCAGUGGAGGAGAAGGAUCAGAUGUAUACAAACUCUACGCUGUGAUUGUCCAUUUAGAUAUGUUGAAUGCCUCAUUUUUCGGCCAUUACAUAUGCUAUGUUAAGGACUUCCGUGGAAACUGGUAUCGAAUAGACGACUCUGAGGUGGAAAACGUUGAACUAGAAGAUGUCCUUUCUCAACGAGCAUACAUGCUCCUCUACAGCAGGGUUCAGACCAGACCACCAAGUCUUCGAUGCGAAGAAGUUCAAGAUGAGAAGAAAACAGAUGCACUGAACACAGAAUCUAGCCAAAAUGGCUCUGUUGAGAGUUCUGUGGUGGAAGCAAAUGACACCAGUGUGUCCUCCUCGCUGUGUAACGGCACCAUCUCACAUUCAGAAGAUCCGGAAUGCGUGAAAGAGUCAUCAUCAUCAUCAUCCUCACCUUUGGCAGUUUCCGUAGCUGUUUCUGAAAAUGGAAAGGAAGUUGCUGAAAGGGUUAUUGAUACAGUAGACUCUGAGUCAACUUCUUCUGUGGACAUGGAACGUGAGUCUGGGCCGGAUCAUCAAGAAGAAGCAGCAACAAACGGGAAAGAAGAUCCAAUUGUUGAAAAUGUAGCUGUUGAUUCUUCUUCUCCGGAAGUUACUAGUUUGCCUCCAUCUGCUGCUACAGAGUCCAAAACGCCGGAGAAAGAAGAUUCAGUCACCGAGAUGAUUGAUGCUGCUCAAUGA